UAGUGCAUUCUCGUCCACAUAUUGUCGUUUAAAGAAGGGCAUGUACAAUUACAAUCCAUCCAAAAAUCAAUAAUAAAUAAUAAAUAAAUAAAAUACUCCAUCUCUCAUCAACUCCUGAAAGACUGGUACUAAAAAGAAGCGAUAUAGCUAGUAGCCAAUGAAGGAAAUAGGAUUGAAACUGGCAGUGCUUUCAACGGUUAUGAUGCUGUACACGUGUCUAGCUAGCAGCGGCAAUCUUUAUCCCCUAAUCCUGAUUCCUGGGAACGGAGGGAACCAGCUAGAAGCCCGGCUCACCAGCGACUACGAGCCCUCCGGCCUAUUAUGUAAAAUUCCGUUUCAGAAGAGAAUAGAUGGUUGGUUCAGGUUAUGGUUCGACCCCACCGUCCUGUUGGCUCCAUUUACCAAGUGCUUUGCUGAACGCAUGAUGCUUUACUAUGAUGAAGAUUUGGAUGAUUAUCAUAAUGCCCCUGGAGUUCAAACCAGGGUCCUUCGUUUCGGCUCCACCGAAUCCCUUCUCUACCUCGAUCCUCAUCUCAAAUACAUAACAGAAUACAUGGCACCACUGGUGGAGUCUUUGCAAGAAAUAGGGUAUGUCAAUGACAAAAAUCUUUUUGGAGCUCCAUAUGAUUUUCGAUAUGGUUUAGCAGCAGAAGGUCACCCAUCCCAUGUUGGUACAAAGUUUUUACAAGACCUUAAAUAUUUGGUAGAGAAAGCAAGCGCUUCUAAUGGAGGAAAACCAGUAAUACUUGUCUCUCACAGCUUAGGAGGUCUCUUUGUCCUGCAACUUCUCAAUCGAAACCAUCUUUCUUGGCGCAAAAAGUUCGUCAAACAUUUUGUUGCACUCUCUGCGCCAUGGGGUGGCUCUGUAUUGCAAAUGCUCACCUUUGCUUCGGGCUAUUCAUUAGGAGUGCCUUUGGUAAAACCUUUGCUAGUCAGGGAAGAGCAGAGAAGCUCAGAGAGCAAUCUUUGGCUGAUGCCAAAUGCUAACAUUUUUGGUCGUGAAAAACCACUGGUUCUCACUCCAAAUGCCACAUAUUCUGCAUAUGACAUUGCCCAAUUUCUCAAUGAUAUUGGAUUUCCACAAGGGGUUUAUCCUUUUGAGACUCGGAUUUUGCCUUUGAUGGAGAAGCCAAUAGCGCCUGGGGUACCAAUUACAUGCAUAUUUGGGAGUGGUAUCAGGACACCAGAGACUCUGUUCUAUGGAGAAAAUGGAUUUGAUGAGCAACCAGAUAUCUUAUAUGGGGAAGGGGAUGGAACAGUAAAUAUGGCGAGCUUGUUAGCACUUGAAUCGCUGUGGGCUAAUAUGAAAAACCAAACUCUUAAAGUGACCAAAGUACGUGGUGUUUCUCAUACAUCGAUACUCAAAGAUGAUGGUGCAAUUGACAAAAUUCUAGGAGAAAUCUCUGCUAUCAAUUCUCAGUUAAGCUAUGUUGAAAAUGUAAUUGUGCAAUGAAAUUUAAUGCAUCACUAUUGCAAAACUGCUCGACCAUAUCAAUAGGGAUAUAUAUAUAGUUAUAUAUAUAUAUUUUCUGUUAUGAAAAAUAAAAAUUGUUCAUUUAAUAGGCAGUAGACUAAACCACCGCUGUGUCAUAAAUUAAGCAGUGUAUUUUGUUGACAUCGUUACAAGAAGAAUAAAGAUGAGAAUGAUUUGGAAAGCUAGAAACUUCAACUCCACCACCAAUUUGUGAAAACUGCAAUUUACUGAAGUGGGCUUGUGUAAUAAACGGCCUUUGGUUUUGGGAUUGGAUUAGCUUGACCUAAGCCCACUUAAUCCUACAUAUACAAACCUUGUUGCAUAAGGAGCAUUCUCUUUUUGGUUUGCGCUUAUUUAUUUUAUAAAAAGCUUCACUUAUUUUAGUUUA